CCAUGGAUAGGUACCAGAAGGUGGAGAAGCCUAAACCUGAAUCGCCGCUAAACAAAAAUGAAAUCCGCAUCACAAGUCAAGGCGCUAUUCGAAACUACAUCACUUAUGCUUCUACUCUACUUCAGUUGCUCGCUGGCUGAUACUCUGCUGUAUAUGCAUUGUAUGUGGAAGCGUCUGUGAGCAUAAUGCACGAGCUAUGAUACUUCUUAACAUGCGAUAGCUCGUGAAAUAUCGAGUAAUUACGCUAAUGCAGUGAUCAUGUGGAACUUGGUGUUUCUGUAUUAUGUUGACGUGAUGUUUGGCUCAGGACAAACGUGUUAGAGAGAUAGUGUUGAAAGCCAUGGGGCAGGCAAUCAGUAAAACAGUUUCCAUUGCAGAAAUUUUAAAGAAGAGAACUCCACAAUUGCAUCAAGAAACUUCCAUUAGCUCAGUAAGCAUAAUUGAUGUAUGGGAGCCUAUUGAAGAAGGUCUUGUACCUGUGGAGAUGACUCGAUACGUCUCAAUGAUAUCAAUUACCCUGUCAAAUCGAGAGCUAAAUAAAGAUUCUCCUGGGUAUCAAGCUCCACAAUUUGUGGAGCAGCCAAAGCAACAAUAUAAGCAGCAGCAACAACAACAGCCCAGACAAUCUCGUCCUUAUUACAAUGCUGUUAACGAAGAUCCAUAUGGUCAAAGCCAAGGUCGAGGUCGAGGGAGAGGGCGUGGAUGGGGCAGAGGUGGAUAUGGAAACUACCAAGGGGGAUAUGGCAACUACCAGGGCGGAUAUGGCCACUACCAAGGCGGAUAUGGCCACUAUCAAGGUGGAUCUGGUGGCUACCAAGGUGGUGGCCCUGGCGGUUACCAAGGCAACUAUCAAGAUAAUGGUGGGUACUCGAAUUGGAGUAGAGGCGGUGGGCGAGGCCGAGGUUGGAUAUAUCGUGGAACUGGCUAUGAUAGAGGCAGAGGGGGGAGCGGUUACGAUCGAGGUCGGGGUCGGAUAGACAGACAAACAAGGGACAAUGUUGGCAGUAGAAACCAGGUUUAGUUAUAAAAAAAAAAGUUGCUAUUUUCACUGUUCUCUUUUCUUGAGCUAAAAUGCCUUGCCUUUGCCAGUGAGAUGCUUUUUAUCAGAAUUUACUGUUUUUAAUAGCGUGGUAAUUUCGCUUC